CGCCGCCCGCCCCGCACCGACCGCACCGACCGCUCCCCUCCCCGCCCGCUCGGACCGCACGGCACCGCUCCGCUCCGCUCCGCACGGCUCCCGGCCGGGAGCCCCUGACCCACCAUGACGUUCAAGCAAGCGUCCAUGAUGGCCCCGGAGGCCACGGCCAGCACACUGCCCAUGAGCACGAUGGAGAACUCCACCGAGGCUGCAGGGCCGGGCGAGAGCAAGGAGGACAUGUUCACCAAGCUGAGGGACAAGUUCAUGAAUGAGCUCAACAAGAUCCCCUUGCCACCCUGGGCCCUCAUCGCCAUUGCGGUCGUGGCUGGGCUCCUCAUCCUCACCUGUUGCUUCUGCAUCUGCAAGAAGUGCUGCUGCAAGAAGAAGAAGAACAAGAAGGAGAAGGGCAAAGGCAUGAAGAACGCCAUGAACAUGAAGGACAUGAAGUCAGGCAACCAGGACGACGAUGAUGCAGAGACAGGCCUGACAGAGGGGGAAGGUGAGGAAGAGGAGAAGGAGCCAGAGAACCUGGGCAAGCUGCAGUUCUCACUGGACUACGAUUUCCAGGCAAACCAGCUCACAGUGGGGAUCCUCCAAGCUGCCGAACUGCCAGCUUUGGACAUGGGUGGCACCUCAGACCCCUAUGUCAAGGUGUUCCUGCUCCCUGACAAGAAGAAAAAGUACGAGACCAAAGUGCAGAAGAAGACCCUCAACCCUGCCUUCAAUGAGACCUUCACCUUCAAGGUGCCCUACCAGGAGCUGGGUGGGAAGACGCUGGUGAUGGCCAUCUACGACUUCGAUCGCUUCUCCAAGCACGACAUCAUCGGCGAGGUGAAGGUGCCCAUGAACACCGUGGACCUGGGCCAGCCCAUCGAGGAGUGGCGGGACCUGCAGAGCGGCGAGAAGGAGGAGCCAGAGAAGCUGGGAGAUAUCUGCAUCUCCCUCCGGUACGUGCCCACGGCCGGGAAGCUCACUGUCUGCAUCCUGGAAGCCAAGAACCUGAAGAAGAUGGAUGUUGGGGGCCUCUCAGAUCCCUAUGUGAAGAUCCACCUGCUGCAGAAUGGCAAGAGGUUGAAGAAGAAGAAGACCACAGUCAAGAAGAAGACCCUGAACCCCUACUUCAAUGAGUCCUUCAGCUUUGAGAUCCCCUUUGAGCAGAUACAGAAAGUGCAAGUGGUCAUCACGGUGCUGGACUACGACAAGCUGGGGAAGAACGAAGCCAUCGGCAAGAUCUUCACAGGCUUGAACUCCACGGGCACGGAGCUGCGGCACUGGUCCGACAUGCUGGCCAACCCCCGGCGGCCCAUUGCCCAGUGGCACUCGCUGAAGCCAGAGGAAGAAGUAGAUGCAGCUCUCGGGAAGAACAAAUAGGCAGCUCCGCCGGCUGGAGCGGCACUGCGGACAGUUGACCCAGAGCUACUGAUACCUCAGUUCUGCAACCUUCCGUUUGGUUUUUUGUUCUGUUUUAAGCUGAGAUGCCCUUUGAUGCCUCUGGAACGGUCUCCAGGCAGUCCCAAUAGCUUUCAGGGGAAGAGGUUAAAGACAUGGAUGGUUCUUUUUGUUCUUCAGCAUCGCUCCCUUCUGCUGCAUGUCCCAUUGCCUCUGCUCGCCGUCCCUCCCCAGUGCAAAGCCACCGGCACACCUGGGACCUUCCCCAGCAGCUGUGUCACCAGCCUGCAGCACUGCUGCCGCCAUCCUGCCCCUGGGAUCAUGUGGGGAGCUGUGGAACGCUGGUGAUACUGGAGCCUGAUGGUGUGAGAUGACCAGACCCACUGUGCUUGGUUGGGGCACGACCAGCAGUGAGACAGAAGAAUAGUGCAGAAGAUCCUCUGAAGAGACCCAGGUGCCUCCCCCUGGCCCUCCCCAAGGAAGGCUGAGAGCCCCUGGCCAGCUCCAGGUUUGGGUUCUCUGAGAAGAGGCUUGCUGGGGCUGUGGAUCCUGCUGUGGUGGUGGGGUGCCGAGCCCUCAGUGUUGCAGCAGAGCUGUGGAGGCCAGUCUGGGAACAGGGAGCCUCAGGAGAGCUGCUCCAAGGAGACACAGGGUGAAAUGUGGAUGCAUCGGCAGCACUGUGUGGAUCACCACCACCACCAGCACCACCACCACUGCUUUGUCCCCAGAGGAGCAGCGCUGCGUGAUUUGCAUCUGUGUCUCACCAUGCUUGGUGAAUCCCAUAGAUCAAAAUGCUUCCACAAGGCAGGUUUACAAUGAGAGGUCUCCAGAUGUGAGUGGGGCAGACCCCAGAGCUGCACCAGGUGUCACCCCAGAGCCCGUCCAUCGCACGUCCCAGGGCUCAGCCCCUCUGUGGGCACCCCAGCCUCAGGGCAGCCGGGGGGGGCCAUGGGGAGCUCCAGCCCCACCACCUGCUGCGGGUGGGGAUGGCAAGAGCAAGCCCUCGGCCAACAAGGGCCCAAAGCCCCCGACCCCCAUGAGCUGCUACUCCCCACCAGGCUGUUGAACCCAGCCCAUCCUGCUCCCCUCAGGGUAUAAACCGUAUCCAUGACCCUGACAGUGGCUAAGAGCUUCUCUGGGCUACUUCUCCCACAGGUCCCAGAAAAGCCCCCGGGCCAGAAAGCCAACACAGUUCUCUGCAGCUGGGAGAGGGUCCAGCAGCCCUGGCUGGUUCGGUCCAGUCUGUACUGGAGCACUGAUGUUAGCUGCUGUCCCUGUCCCAGCUCCACAGCAGCCUCACGCUCUGAUCCCUUUGGCUUCCCUGGACUCUGUGCUGGGGGUUCUGGGGAUUCCAGCACCGCAGCAGUCAAGGGCUGAGCCCCAGGGAUGUGCUGGCACUGGGGACGCUGCUCUGGGGGUUCAACACCUGGACUGGGACCGUGGUGCAGGGUGUCUCAGGUGCAGGGACAAAGUGCCAAAACUGAGCUCAUCCCAGUGCUGUCGGAUGCUUUGGCAGCUCUGACUUCCCAAAGGGCAUCCUGACCCUCUCUGGAGGUGGGGAGAUGAUGGGAAACUUGGUGGAGAGUCACCGGGUUUGAAACUUGGCUCGGCGGGUUCACAUGGACAUGGGGACCAGCCCCUGUCCCUGGAGGGUUGUGCAGCUCUGGGACAGGUCCCCAGGGCAGGACAUCUCCAUCUGUGGGAGGUUUGGGGCUCAGAUGGCCAAGCUGCAGUGUGGGAAGGGGAUGUUGGACAGGGACCUCUAAUGACCACCUCCACCACCACUGCAGCUGCACUAAGCCCAUGCCCUGGUGAAAGUGGUACUGGGGCCAUGCUGGGUCUGCAGGGGUCAUCCAGCCAGUGAUCUCUCAGGGCCAUUUCCAGCUUUAAUUAGUCCCUUUUCCUAAUGAAUGUGUCAGUGUCAAUGGAUGGGGUCCUGCCCUGCCCCUGUAGCCAAAGGGAGAAGUCUUGGGAUGCUUUUAAUAAUGGGGAGCUGGAGAGAGACCAAUGCCCUAUGUUCGGGAGCACCGGUAGGACUCAGUCUCAUUUUGGGGUCCAUCCAGGCACCGGGGGGGAGGGGGGGGAGGCAUCUGCCUUACAUGGAAUGGGUUAAAAGAGGAGGAAUUAGAAAAAGCACCGAAAUCCUACUGUUUGCAGCCAUCGAGUGUGCAUGGCCCCACAGCCUUCCCAGGGAAGCAGGUGGAGGUGUGCACACCUGCACACCUGCACACCUGCACAUCUGCACACACCCCCACCGUGCGCUCCCCUCCGCCCCACCCCCCUGCCCCCAGACCCGCCGCAUCGGCCGGGGUCUCGCCAGCAGUGGAGAUCCCACCUGGCUGCUUUCCAUUCAGACUCUUUAAGCCUUGGGCGAGGGGGAAGACUGUGACUUUAAUACAUGAUUUUAUUUAUUUAUUUAUUUUGUUUUAAUAAGAAAGGGAAAACCAACCAACAUACUGAAGCCAUCUGCGCUGCCUCUGACCCCCCCCCCCCCCCCCCCCCCCUUAGCCGUGUGUAGGUAAAUUAUAUGGAGACAUAGCUGUAUAUACCACGAGCAGUGCAUGUGAUGCAGCCACGUAGCAGUAGCAGCAUGGCCCCAGCCCGGCGGCGCUGCCACCGCCCCGGCACUGCCGUCCCCAUCUCCGCCCUCCUUGCCAAGGAGCACGCGGCGACUUCCAAAACUCAUCGCUCGAGAGCUCUCCACCACCCUGAUUUUUUCCCCCUCCAAAUAAAACGAAGAUCCCCAGUUAAAUCCUAUAAAAGAAGAAAAUAAUGCCAAGAAGCAAAGCAUGCCAAGCCCGGCCCGCCGGCGGAGGGUGAGCUGUCACCGACGCAGCCGUGGCGUCCAUGUGUGUCGUGUUCCUGUGUCUUGUCGCGUUUGUCCCAUGGCCGGGUAGCAGCAACAUCGUGGCUUCGGUGUCCUGUGUCGCGUUGGAGCAUUUCACCGUCAGAGCAACUUUAGAAGCCAUAUUAGAGCACGGUGCAGCGGGACCCCACGGGGACAGACCCGCGGUAGCCGUGACCCCUUUCCCCGUGUGUCCCGGUUUCGUGGGGCUCAGGCUGCCCGGAGCCGCAGCGGCCACCGCCUCGGUGGCCUUGGCUGCUGCUGUCAGGGGACGGGACAACGCUGGGCACGGAUGUCGGGGUCGACCUGCCGGUGGUGAAAAGGCUUUUUUGGAGCACUUUGGGUUAUUUCUGCCAUGUCCAGUCGGUGGUUUCUGUUUUGGGGACCAGAGCUGGCGCUUCCCUCUCCUGGCGGCACCGCGGAGCAAACCCAGCUGUGCCAAGGAGAUGCUCCCGGGCUUAAAAAGGAAAUGAAUCCACGAGUCCCGGCAACAGGCUCCGGUUCCUUUCCCUUUUUUUCUCCCGAUCUGGGAAGGAGGAUCCAGCUCCUUUGCGAGUGGCAGGCUCGGCCUUUCCUGGACCCGCAGUGCCGGCCCCGCUCUGCCCCAUCCCGGCCCCGCAGCGCUCGGCUCCGGCGGAAGCUGCUUUUAAUGCCCCUUCCCCUCGUGUGGACUCUGUCCUUCCGUCUCUGAUCGUUUGAUGGUUAUUUUGUAAUGAUUUCCGUCUCCUUAUUAAAGAAACGAGCUGAAAGGA